AAGCCAGGCGCUGUCAGCGGGAUGUCCACUCAUGUGGAGAGGAAGGGAGAGAGACAUAGCGGGGGAGGAGAGAGAGAGCGGUGUGUUCAGUGCAGGGUUCAGUUAAAUCAGAUUAAAAAUAAUAAAUACUUCAUACUUUUCUUCCGUUAUUCCAAUUUCGCUGCCAGACGUGUGGAAGUUUAAACUCAGCUGUGAGGACUCAGAAGGAGCUCUGAAGAGUUUUUGGCCAUAAAUCCAGUCUCAGAGCAACUUUUUUAUUCACAAGAACACCAGAAACUCACACUCAAGGGUUGGAAAUCUGCUUCGGACCUCGUUUUUUUGUUUGUUUCGGGCUUUUUUUUUUUUUUUUUUUUUUUCUUUGACGCACCGAGGCUGAAAUCCGGCGCGUCCGGACGGGUUUGAAAGCGCCGCAACUGGGCGAAACCUUCACGGACACUUGACGAGAAGUCGACAGCGUGAGAAGACAUAUCGGCGAAUAUAGCGAGAGACGGGGGAAAAAAGCAUCUGUUUACUGAUUUCUACGCGAGAUCGGGAGGUUUAUAGUGAAGAUCGGGGAAGUUGAGUAUCUGUGGGCGCACUGUGGCGCACAAAUGGUGUUCCUGUGGGACGCGAAAUACGACCCAGCCUCUGGCCGGCGUUACACUCCCCCCUCCACCACCCUCGCCUCAGGGGGGAAGAUGGCCGAGGCCCUGCCCCUGGGCGCCCAGGAGGCCGGAGGUGGGGCGGCUCUGGUGGGCAAACUGCGCAUGGCCGACCGCGGCAUGGUGGAAGUGAUCUCAGAUCAUCCAGGUGAGCUGGUGAAGACUGACAGCCCCAACUUCCUGUGCUCUGUGCUGCCCACACACUGGAGGUGUAACAAGACUCUGCCCAUCGCUUUUAAGGUGGUUGCACUGGGCGACAUCCCUGAUGGCACCCUCGUCACGGUGAUGGCAGGAAACGAUGAGAACUACUCGGCGGAGCUUCGCAACGCCACGGCCGCCAUCAAGAACCAAGUGGCCAGAUUCAAUGACCUGCGCUUCGUGGGCCGCAGUGGAAGAGGGAAGAGCUUCACUCUCACCAUCACAGUGUUUACCAACCCUCCUCAGGUGGCCACAUACCAGAGAGCCAUUAAAAUCACAGUGGACGGUCCCAGAGAGCCACGACGUCAUCGCCAGAAGAUGGACGAGGUCAAACCCGGCACCCUGGCUUUCUCCGAGAGGCUGACGGAGCUGGAGCACCUGAGACGGAACUCGAUGAGGGUGACGCCUCCCCACCACCAUCACCACCAACCCUCCGCCAACGCCCGCCAGUCCGCGGGGAUCAACUCCACAACCUUCUCCAGCCCGUCGCACGCUCAGAUAACCGCUGAUUCCAGACAGAUGCAGUCGUCUCCAUCUUGGUCUUACGACCAGUCAUACCCCUACCUUGGCCAGAUCACCACGCCCACUGUCCACACAGCCAAUCCCCUUUCUCCUGGUCGAUCCACGCUCAGUGACUUGUCUUCACGACUUACAGGUCCUGACCUCACGGCCUUCGGCGACCCCAGGAUGACCUUAGAGCGACCUUUCACCUCCCUCCCCUCCUUGCCUGACUCACGCUUCUCCGACCCUCGGGUCCACUACCCUCCCACAGCGGCCGCCUUCACCUACACUCCCUCUCACAACCCUGUCUCCAAUGGCGCCCUUGGUAUUACCAUGGCAACAGCCAUGGCAACCACUCCUGGGGGGAGGUACCACACCUACUUGCCUCCUCCCUAUCCGGCGAACACCCCCCACCAGGCCCAGAACGGGCCCUUCCAGUCCACCUCCUCGCCGUACCACCUGUACUACUCCACCGCCGCCGGCUCGUACCAGUUCUCCAUGAUGGCAGGAGGAGGAGGAGGCAGCAGUGACUCGCGCUCACCGCCGAGGAUCCUGCCGCCGUGCACCAAUGCCUCCACAGGCUCCUCCCUCCUGCACCCAUCUCUGCCCAAUCAGAAUGAAGGAGUGGGUGUGGAGGUGGAGUCUAGCCACAGUAGCUCCCCAACAAACAUGGCAGCUGCUGAAGCCGUGUGGAGACCUUACUGAGCCGGCCACGGUGGUGGAGGACACUUUAAAUGUGUACGUUCAUUUACGGCGACAGCCUGGUCACGUGAUGGAGGACAAUCCAAAACAGGAUAAAAUGAUCUCAGUUAAAUGACGAGGAAAGUGUGGUGUUAUUCUACUUUUGUCGCAAGUCUCUUCCCUGUAUAAUUCGUCCAUCACUUGACCAGGAGCCAGAUGCGAGCGCCCACUUUGAAACCAUCUACUGACAAACAAUGUUGGCCAUUGAAAAACAAGAAUGACUGACAGGUGCAUCAGCCAACAGAGAGCAGAGAGUGGACCUCCCAGUCUCACUCUCAGGACUCCAGAGAGGAGCGAAGGACGAGCUGAGAGAAGUGGGCUAACAUUUUGGUUUUACACUGACAGAGUGCAUGCAGCAGCACUGGACUGAUCUGAAAUCAGCUUCCUUUGUAAAAUAACAAGACUUCUUCCUCAUAAAUGUUGUUGGUGUCGUGAAAAGAUUUGCUCAUGCCAAAUAUUGUGGACAGCCUGUUUGUUUUUACCUUCAUCUAUCAUUGUUACACUCCUGCAUUGUCACAGAUUUUUCUUCUCGGUCAGACAUUUUUAGAGCCCAUUAUCUCUUGAAGAAGAUAAAGAAACAAACCUUUUAUGGCUCUGGAGACAAAAUCGGACACAUUUGGUUAGAUUAGAUUACCUUCCCUCAGCAGCUUUGCUCCCAGAUGCUUUAAUCUUAUUUCCAAACAUGUCUGACAGCAUGGAGUUUUCUUAGAUACUUUAAUUUAUUCAUACAAUACCAUUUUCUGGUUGCAUUUCAGGUGUGUGUGCGUGUGUAUGUGUCACAUUUACACAUGAUCCACUGUCAGUUUGUACUGUAUAUAACUGUGACUGUAAAUGACACCGGCAUUUGAUCAUGUUUUCAUCACCCCCUUCCUCUCUCUGUCUCACACACACACACACACACACACAAAGCAGAUUUAUUUUGACAUUGUUGAUUGUGCACAUUUGGUUUUGAUUUAUAUAAAUAUUCUUGUGAAG